CUCAUUGAGCACUGGCAGUGGGAGAAUGUCUAUGAAGUUCUGCCAGCAGCUGCAUGGAUGGAACUCAGCUGGAUCAUCCUCUACUGCAUCUCCAGCUUUGAGAACUACAUCAACUCAGCAGGCUCAGUCGUCCUGAAUGCUUUUGAGAAGGCCCUGAACUACUACACCCUUGGCCAAAACCCACUCUUCCAGAUCAUGCAUGGCAAAAAAGCUGUUACUGACUACAAUGCUCUCACUGAGCACCUGGUAUCUACCAAGAAAUGUGGCAAGGGUAAGGCUGAAGAGGAAAAGUCGCCAUCUACCAUCAAGCACAAGGCAGAGCUUGCUCUCCAGAAAAAGUCUUCCACCUACUCCACUUCUACUACAGCUCCCCAACUUACUGCCUGCCUCUGA